AUGGAAGAUUUAUAAAAAUAAAUAAGAGAACCCACAAAAGAAUAAAUAGCAGAAUAUAAAGAAGCUUUUUCUUUAUUUGAUAAAGAUGGCGAUAAUGUAAUAGACAUUAAAUAUUUAGGAUUAUUAGUGCGUUCAUUAAACAGAAAUCCAACAGAAUCAGAAUUAGAAUAAAUGUCAUAAGAAGUAGAUCCUUUAGGCCAUGAAAAAGUUGAACUUCCUGAUUUUCUUACAAUGAUGGCAAGUAGACCUGAGGAAAAUGAUCCAGAAGAAGAAUUAUAUGAAGCGUUCAAAACAUUUGCUAAAGAUAAAAAACCUGAACCUACUAUGAGAGGUAAUGUACUUAAAUAUAUUGUAACUUCAGGUAGAGAACCUUUAACUGAUGAAGAAGCCGAAGACAUGUUAAUAGAAUUAGGAGUUGAAAAUACUACUGAAUUUAAAAUAUCUGAUUUUAUAAGGCUUAUAGUUUCUAAUAUGAAUAAUUAUUGAAUUA